AGAAAAAACAAUAACAAAAUGUCUCGUGAAAUAAGAUGAAAUUUAACACACGUACUAAAUGCUUUAGUAGACGACAAACAGAUUGACUAUUCUAAGUUAAAUACUUGAAGAAUAUAAUUGUUAAUGUGUAGAUAGAUAGGGAAGACAAACGAACCGAAAGCCACAUACAGAUAUCAGGCAACCAACCAACCAAACAACCACUCAGCCAGCCAGCCAGCCAGCCAACCAAGCAACCAUCGAUGCAACCAAACGACAGAACGUCAUACAUUGUAGAGGGAAAAAUGUUAAAAGUUAAGUUUUAACCGAGCACAGUCAACAGUAUUUCACGAGAGUUUAAACAAGAAAAACCUACAUAAAUAAAACAGCGUUUUAAAAAUUAUGUUAUUGGAAAAAAAUAACGGUCAAUAAAUAAAUAAUAGAUAGCAGGGUACACUAAUAGAUAGAAAAACUUGAUCAAAAACAAACAAGUGAUAAUAUUUAAACUAUUUAUUGUAAAUAUUUGUAAUUAAAAAAGAAAACAUUAAAAUAAAAUUUAUUGUAAUUUUUUUUUAUACAAAAUUACCUUGUGCAUUUUGAAUACCGUGAAAUUUGAGUAGUCAAAUACAGUAACAACUAUUCUAAAGUCUAGUAUAUGUUAAAUAGUAAAUAUAUACAUAUGUAUAGAAUAGAUAGUAUGGUAACAGUGCUUGUGUUUUAACAGUCAACUAACUUGAAAAUCACCGUAUUUGCGGUUGAGAAAGCCCUCUGUAUUAUAAACAUCAUAACAAUCCUAUUAUACAUAAUAAAAGUAUAUUAAAUAUAAAUAAAAUUAAGAAAAAAUUUGUUAUUGUUUUAACAUUCAUAAGGUUUUUAACUUAAAUUAAACACUCUCUAGUGUCUAGUGUCCAAUUAGUUAAAUAAACCUUAAAAUGUUUCGCGCUUCCCAAAUUGCUAGUGAAGAGACUUUACCUGCUUUGGGUGUAUUAACCCUAAAAGAUAACGCAUCAGAAAUCUCAAAAUUAACUUCAUUAAAAUCUAAACAAGGAAAUAUUAAAACUGAAGGUUAUGGCCUUGUAACACAAUUAACACCCAGAGGUAUUAAAUAUCCUAGGGCCAUAAUAUUUAUAUUAAUGGCGAAAUUAUUUGAAGCCUUUGCUGCAAAUGGUAUAAGAAGUAAGUAUUUUAUAUACUUCCUAGUUUCCAUUUCUUUACUCUUCAUAGCCAUUGGUAAUGGUUCUUCUAGAGCUUGUCUUACCUCUUUGGGCGCCAUACAAUUUCAAUUGCCUCAACAGGCCAAACAACUGGCAGAAUAUUUUAGUCUCUACUAUUUUGUGUAUUAUGUUGGUAUAUUUCUGAGUAAAAUCUUACCACCCAUGGUGAGAGCCAAUACAACUUGUUUCAAUAAGACUGGCUGUUAUCCGGCAGUAUUUGGUACUUUGGCUACGUCGUUUUUUGUAGCCUGGCUAACCUUCUGCAUUGGCAAAUUGUAUUAUAAGGAAGAAAAGUUAAGUGAGGAAAAUAUACUGCUAAAAUUCUAUGGUUGUAUUAAACAUGCUUUGGCUAGGAAAUGGUCUAAAAAUGCUGGUGUAACGAAACGUUCCUAUUGGCUGCACUAUGCUGUGGGGAAGUAUGAGGAUAGUUUUGUUAAUGAUGUGGCUAAAGUUUUAAAGCUGGCCAAAUUAUUUCUGCCUUUGCCUAUAUAUUUUGCUUUAUUGGCUCAACAGGAUUCCAGUUGGACAUUUCAGGCUUCACAAAUGAAUACGACCAUUGUGCCGGGCGUAACCAUACAACCGGAUCAGGCCAAAGCUAUGGGUCCCAUAUUUCUAUUCAUUUUAAUACCUCUAUGGCAGUAUUUAAUGAAACCUUGUUUGAAGUGUUGUUUCAACUAUGAGCUGCAACCCUUGCAAAGUGUUACUUUGGGUGGAGUAUUUUCAGCAUUUUCUUUUAUAUGUGCUGGUGUUCUACAAAGAUAUGUUUUGUCUAUGCCUUAUAAAUCGGUUAAUGUUUUAUGGCAAAUACCACAAUUUGUUUUGAUCAUGUUGGGUGAGUUAUUGCUAUCCAUACCCGGUUUACAAUUUGCCUUUACACAAGCUCCCGCUUCCAUGAAAUCGGUGGUUACAGCUGCCUGGUUUAUAAAUAAUGCCUUUGGUAAUCUUAUUGUUGUGUUAAUUACCGAACUGAACAUUUUUCCCACUCAAAGUGAUGAAUUUUUCUUUUAUGCCAUUUUAAUGAUAGUGGCCAUAGUUAUUUAUACUUUCUUAGCCUAUGAUUAUGUUUUACAAGAACGUUUGGGUCAUCAUUAUGCUAGUCAGAGCUCUUUGGAAGUCUCCGUGAAUACAGAAUCUACACCUUUAUAUAAUUUAAGAGAUGAAACACCCAGUACAAGUAAUACGAAUACACAAGUUGUUAAUGUUUAAAUGGUAGUAUGUGUAGUAUUAAAUUCACCCCUAUUUUGCAUUUCGAUUAAGUUUCCGCAUUCAAUUACGCAACGAUCGAAAUUUGGUAUUCCAACUAAAUAAAACGGAAUCUUAAGAAAACAAGUAAUAGUGAUAUAUUCGGCUGUGCCGAAUCUUAUAUACCCUUCACCAUAAUGUAUUUUAAACAUAUUUGUUUUAUAAAUUUUAAAAUUUCUGGGCUACUUUAUUAUUACAGCAAAAGCAAAACAAAAGAAACAAC